ACUACAGCGACGUCUUUCGGGGAAAUUACAAUCUCUCGACCAAUCAAAUUAAGCCUAACACAUUACCUUUCGGUAAGACAGCCAAUAUGGCCGAUAUAGAAGUUGUAAACAGAAUUUGUCAGAAAUUCAAUCUGAAGUCACUUACAGAUCAACAAAUUUCGGCGAUCGAUGCCCUGAAGAAAGGAAACGACACAUUUGUUGGGACAAAGACGGGGAGUGGGAAAUCUCUGGUCUACGAAAGCUCGCCGGUUGUUUUGGGAGAGAAUGGUGUUACAACUGUGCUUGCUCCGCUGAACAGUAUUAUGUCUGAACAAAUAGAGAGCCUGAACAGGCUUGGAUAUAGAGCUGUGCAAGUAUCGAAUGACACUGAUAAGCAAGCUGUUAUGAACGGAUAUUUUCAGUUCGUGUUUGGAAGCCCCGAACUUCUCGUCGGUGAUGACAAAUGGAGAGAAGUUUUGAGAAAUCCAAUCUUCACAUCAAAACACCAAUUGAUUGUGGUCGAUGAGGCCCACACCGUAAUUCAAUGGGGGCUAGAGCAUCAACAAGAAGGGCCAUUUCGAGAGUGGUUUGCUCACAUAGGAGAGAUGCGAUCACUUUGCAUUGGGGUACCUAUACUGGCGCUCACCGCGACAGCUAGCCCCACACACAGACGCCAAAUUAUUUGUUUUCGUCAUCCAUCCUGUGUAAUUCUAGACAGUCCAGAUAGAUCAAACAUUAAAUUGAAUGUACUGAAAGUGAAAAAUAAUGUAGAAUUAGAAAAUGUAUUUCAGUGGUUAACAGCUGCAUUAGUUGAGAAUGGGCAAGAAUUACAGAGGCAUCUAAUAUUUUGUAACUCAAUUAAAGACUGUGCUAUGAUUUAUAUGCUGUUCUUAAAAAUCUGUGGGCCUACAAAUCAUUUUAACAUGUAUCACAGUAAAACAACUGAUGCCACUAAAGAAAAAAUCCGUAAAGACAUGAAUGAAGCGAAUGGUAGUAUAAAAGUGUUAAUAUGUACAAAUGCAGCAGGGCUGGGAGUGAAUUUCCAAAACUUAAAUAACAUUGUUCAUUAUGGUCCACCCAGAGACCUUGACAAUUUGGUGCAGCAGAUGGGCCGUGCCGGCAGGGAUGAAUCCCCAUCAAAUGAACUGAUUAUCUACAAGGCAAAUCAAUUACAAAAGGUGGAUGAUGAUGUGAUUAAGCUUCUUAAAAGUACUAGUACCUGUAGGCGAAAAAUUCUAAAUGAAGCUUACAUGAAGAAACACACAAGAGAUUGUGAUCACCUCUGUUGUGACAUCUGUGAAUUAAUGUGCAAAUGUCAAAGUGAUGGUUGCCCGUCAAAGCAUUCUGCAAAGGAAACAUUUUUGAAUUUGAGAGAUGAAGAUAAUGAACUAGACAUGAGAAGAGAAAUAGGAGGAGAAGAGAAAGCCGUUGUUCAACAAAGACUUCAGUCAUUGAAGGACGACAUAUUUGAAGGAACCAAAUCUUUCAUUCACAGUGACAUUGUUUGUGGGUUUUCUGUUCAAGAAAUCAUAGCAAAGUUACCUUUUUUAUUUACUGUAAAUGAUAUACUAGAUAAAACAAGUGUUGAUUCUUUCUCAUUAGCCAGCAAGAUAAUCCAAAUAAUUACAGAAAUAUUCAAUGACAAUGAAAUGUAUGCAUUAGAGGAGAUUGACUCUGAUUAA